GACUCAGUCUUAGCAUUUUAGUGACACGUAUACAUCGAAAAUAAAUUUAUUAAAUCACUUUUAAAUUUUUAUACGUUAUUAUUAUUAUAUACUUACAAAUCAAAGUUUUCGUUUAAAUAAUUAAUUAAUCAUGGUGAUAUUAAUUGCUAUGAAAUUAUUAUUUUUAUUUAAUGUUUUUACAACAGGAAAAGCUGAGUGCUUUCUUGGAAACCAUCGGUGUUUCGAAAAUAGUGAUUGCUGCUCUAAUGUAUGCCUUAUGAACACUUAUGUACCUUUGUGCAUGCUUACCGAUGAGGAGCAGGAAGAUGAUUUCUUUCCUACAGCGAAUCCAGUAUCAGAACCUAAAACUUGUCGUCAUUUCGGAAAACUUUGUACUGAAAAUGAACAAUGUUGUUCCAAUUCAUGUGACUCGGCAGGAUUCACAGUUCCAAGAAACUGUAUUCCUUAUUUUAAUGACUCCACACAAACUAUGAUGCAUAUAUCUCCGGUGGGGUUUAAUCUCCCUAUGAAUCAUGAUCCGACAAAUCGAUGUGGUCCGAAUGGAAAGUUUAGUGUUACACAAAAUAAAUGUUUUUAUUUGGAAUGUGUUCCCAUAGAAAGUACUGAACUUCAAGAAUGUUUUUUUUCUGAAGAUUCUUCGAUUUUAAAUGAUAUUUAAAAGUUUUAAUGUCUUAAACUCUUUUCAACAACAAUUAGUGUGUAUUAAUGUUUGUAAUUAUUAUAAAAUUAAAUUUACCAUAGUUUUUGAAUAUUAAAAUAAAAAGUACCCAUCUAA